AUGCUAUGGGCAUUAGAGCAUUUGCUAUCAUUCACAGCUGGUGACCCUCAGCAGAUAACAUCAGGCAGUCUAAAGUUUUUGAUACUGGUCAAAUCACUGUGGAAGUAUGAUAGAAAACUCUUUGGUGAUGGAACAAAACUUGUCAUCACAGAGAGAAGCCUCUAUUCAUCAGAUACUGCUCCUAAGCCCACGAUUUUUCUUCCUUCAGUUGAGGAAAUAAACCUUCAUAAGGCUGGGACAUAUCUUUGUCUCCUUGAGAAGUUUUCCCCCGAUGUUAUUAAGGUAUAUUGGAAGGAAAAGAACGGCAAUGCAAUUCUGGCAUCCCAGCAGGGAAAUACCAUGAAGACUAAGGACACGUACAUGAAAUUCAGCUGGCUGACCGUGACUGCAAAGUCAAUGGGUAAAGAACACAAAUGCAUCGUCAAACACGAGAAUAAUAAAAGAGGAGUUGAUCAAGAGAUUCUUUUUCCUUCAAUAAAUAAAGAGGUUGCUGGUAUGAAUUCUACAGUAGAUGAUUGUCUGGAAGAUAAAACUGAUUUACUGCGGUUGCAGCUCACCAAUACCUCCGCCUACUACACCUACCUCCUCCUCUUCCUCAAGAGCCUGGUCUACUUUGCCAUCAUUUCCUUCUGUCUGUUUAGGAGGACAGCAGUCUGUGGCCUUGGAAAGACUGCAUAACACAUGAUGGCCCAAUUUUUCUUCAUUUCUUUUCCCUGGACGUGUCUGCUGAGGGUGUAGCUGGUCUUCCUAUCUGGGUUUGGAUUAUUUCAGUCCCCAUGCACUUUUCUAUCACAUCAUUAUCCCAUACUGGUUUUCAAAACACUGGGUAAAAGACAAUUUCUCUCUGUAACAAUAACCAAUUUGGCCACGCCUCUGGUGCAGGGCCCAAGGGUGCCCUUUAGCACCACCCUUCCCAUAAUCUCUAUCAGCUCCUCUAGCCAAGCCAGGUAACCAUGCCUUCUGAGUACAGACAGCAUGCAGCUCCUAGUCCCAUUCUUCAGUGCUCUUUAACCAGGGACCUGCCUUAAAGCUGUCCAUUUCUCACACCCAGAAGCUACCUUUCCAGUUACUUUUAUUCUGUAUGUUGUGUUUUAUAA